AGUGAUUUCAUCGGCUCGUAUAUAUAUAUCUAUAUAUGUUUGUGACGAUAUAUAUAUAUAUAUAUUGCGGACUGACUGCUUCUUAUUCGCUGCUGGAGAAAAGCCAUAACAGCCAGCAGCCAUGUCGAAGCCAGAUGGGGUCGACAAUACGUUCCGAAGGAAAUGGGACAAGGCAGAGUAUGCAGAACGAGCAAGGGAGAGGGAGAGAAAGGAGGAAGAAGAAGAGGAAAGGAGAUUCAGACCAAAAUUUCGAGACCCGCCGGUGCAGCGGAAACCGUUGAAGCCCCGAGAACAUGAUGUUGAUUUGACUUCCCGGCUUGGAAAGACGCAGGUUGUGACGCAAGUGGCACCUCUGAGCCAGCAGGCAGGGUUCUACUGCGAUGUAUGUGAAUGUAUAGUGAAGGAUUCUGCAAACUAUCUGGAUCACAUCAAUGGCAAGAAACGUGAGUAUUCUCAGAACUCUUUCCAAUGGGGUAUCUGCUGGAAUUGUGCUUGCUGUAAAGUUCUUCUCCGUACUCAACUCAUGUGGGGUGAAAAGGCGCCGAAUCCUGCUAUGCCAUCUGCGCCGGAAGCAACGGACGAAGGGAUCGACCCGGAAAUGGCAGCUGUGAUGGGCUUUGGAGGAUUUGGAUCAUCAAAGAAGUAAUCAAGCGACCGGAUGCGCAGAUCAUUUCCGAUCCAUUGGCUGCAACAUUUGCUCUCAUCAAAGCACAAUGUGGACGCCCAUGGUGAAAUGCUCGUGUAGUGUAGAUUUGACACAUAAGAUUCAGGAGACAAAGAAGAUGGCAGUUGACACGAUGAAUCAGUCCAGAAGGACAAAACAAAAAAAAGAAGUUCAAAGAACAAAAAAAAAAAAAGGAGGGGAUGUUCUCACAGUUUGCCGCGGUCGAUUGGGCAUCAUGCUUGUAACCGUCACUUCCUUGUCUGGAUUCUGUGCAGGUAGGGCCAUGCUGAUGAUGAUGUGAGGCUUCCCCAUCUUCUACUGAACCCCUUAUGGUGUCAGUGACAUGUUUCAGCCUGCAUGCUGUAUCUUUGCCAGUGUAAAUUCAUUUACCUCUG